AUGGAUUUGCUUCCAGUAUUUUACUCCUUCAUUUGUAUUUUUGGCUUCAUAGGAAACAGUAUAGUCAUUGCAGUCUUGUGUCUCCAGAGGGAUUUGAAAACCGUGGCCAACAUCUAUAUUGUAAAUCUAGCCACAGCUGACUUACUGUUCCUAGUAAUGUUGCCAUUCUGGGCCACAUACUAUGCAUUCGGCUUAAACUGGAUAUUUGGCACAGUAAUGUGCAAAAUUUCAAGUUCCCUUUUAAAUUUGAAUUUAUUUGCAAGCAUCUUCUUCAUCACUUGUAUGAGCAUAGACCGCUAUAUGGCAAUUGUGUAUCCGCUACGUUCACAGAGGAGAACAUUAACCCAGGCUGUCAUUGUCUCAAUAUGUGUUUGGGCACUGGCCAUCAUGGCCACUUUUCCUACAUUCCAUUUUCGAAACACAUACUACCUUAAAAACCUUGAUGUACAUGCGUGCAUAAUGGAUUUCCCUGAAAAACAUUAUUCAAGCUGGUGUGUGGCAAUGUCCUUGGUAAAGAUUACUUUUGGGUUCUGUAUGCCAGUAACAGUCAUCAUCACCUGUUACUUAAAGAUUGGAUUACAUUUCAAAAAAUCUAAAGGACCUGUGAUCAACAGGCAAAGCAGAGAUCGGGUCCUCAAAAUUGUUACUGCAAUUGUUGUCUGUUUCUUAGUUUGUUGGCUCCCAUUCCAUUUAUUAACUUUCCUUGAUGUUCUAACAAGAAUGGAGAUUAUUAUGGACUGCAAGAUAGAGACGUUUGUUGAAGCAGCUUUGCCAAUAAGUAUUUGCCUUGCCUUUUCAAACAGUUGCAUUAAUCCUUUGCUGUAUUGCUUUGUUGGGAACCAGUUUCGAAAGAAUUUUAGACAUGUGAUCAGCAGUAUCAAACGUUUACAAAGCACAAACAGCCAACACAGCUCUUCCAGAAAGGGAAGUGACUUAAGAGAGAUGGAACCAAAUAGACCAAAGGGUAAUGCAACAGUAUGA